GAAAAUGAAUUAAAUAUUGUCAAUAUUCGUAAUUCACAAGCUGUUAGGUUUUGUUUGUUUGCUUCUAAACCUGACAGUGGAGUGUUGCAGAAAAAAACAGCUAAAAAUGUUAAUAAAAGCCGGGGAUGGCUUUUAAAUAAAGAUUUUUUAAGGGGUAAAAAGAGAACUGAUUGCAGUAUAGAAAGAAAAGACUGGAAAAUUUUAUCAAACAUGUCUGAAUCUGAUAUUGAACCAUAUUGUUUUCAUCUGUAUGGUGUUUCUAUGAUGGCAGUCGGUAUUCGUUAUAUACUUUCUUAUAAGGCAGAUGCCUUAGGAAAUCGAGUUGAAAUAUCCACUCCAAUGAAUUCAUGGAAAAGAGCUGUUGAAGGAGUCAGUUUAUGGAAGAGAGGCAUUAAUCCUUAUGAUAGUGAUAUUAUCCAUGAGAGUCCAUUUGCAUUGGCUGUAUAUGACUAUCUCGUAACCUACAUUCCAGACAGCAUAGACGUGCUCUUUAUUGCUUGUGACUUGCUGGUUUCUACGAUCCUGUCACACUUUGCAAAAUAUUAUCUUGAGGAAUAUGUUAAGAAGGAACAAGCUAAAAAGGUUCCAAAGAAUACAGAACCAUUACUUUUGAAAUAUGAUAAUAUUGUAUGGGUUUGCUAUUUAAUUGAAGUUGUAUACCUGCUAAAUCCUUAUUCAGUCUUUUCUUGUGCUGGAAGAUCCACUGUAUUAUUUCAGAACUUACUUUUGGCUUUCUUUCUGUUUUUGACCACCGUAGGCUAUUGGCUUGAAGCAGGGGGUGUUCUUGCUUUUUUAACUUUCCAUUCAUUUUAUUAUUGUACACUUCUGGUGCCACUUGUCAUGUAUGUAUAUCAGACAGCCAAUGACAGAGCAAGGUAUUUUGAGAUAUUUUUCACUCUUGGUGGUUUUGUCGUUUCAAUAAUUGGAUUAUUGUGCGGAUUCCGUAGAAUUACUGGCUCCUGGCGUUACCUUGAGAGUACUUUUGGCUGCAUAUUAUCCGUUCCAGAUUUAACUCCAAACAUUGGUUUGUUUUGGUAUUUUUUCACAGAGAUGUUUGAACAUUUCAGAGUCUUUUUCUUGUGUAUUUUUCAGUUGAAUGUAUUUGUUUACACGAUUCCUCUUGCAGUUCGUUUAAGGAAAGAUCCAAUUUUCCUUAUGUUCGUACAUAUCAUCAUUAUCUCUAUUUUCAAAUCAUACCCAUGCAUUGGUGAGGUUGGUUUUUACUUAGCUCUUCUUACUAUUUGGAGCCACCUGUUGCAUUUCAUGAGACAAAAAUUCAUUGUCUGCUGUGUUUUGGCCAGUUGCACAUUACUAGCCCCUACCCUUUGGCAUUUAUGGAUUUAUUCUGGAAGUGCCAAUGCCAAUUUUUAUUUUGCUAUUACAUUGGCUUUCAAUACUGGGCAGGUUUUUCUACUUACUGAUAUUUUAUCUGCGUUCAUAAAAAGGGAAUAUUAUUUUGAAAAAGGUGUAAAAUAUAAUGAAGAUGGAUCCCUUGUGUUAUUGAGAUUGCAGUAGAAUGAUACCAAGUUUUAAAUGGAAAAUUUCUUAAAAAUGUGCAUAAUUUUUAAAUAAUUAGCUAAUCAGGUUUUUAAAGUGCUACAUAAAGAAAAACUCUGAAUAAUAUUUUUUUUCAUUUAUACAAAGUUCAUGGAAACUGAAGUCAGGUAACUUAGCAAAGGAAAAAGAAAUUAGUAGUUUUUUUACCUGUUAUUUUCUAUACUUGUUUGAUUUAUAAUAUUAUUUUUAAAAAUUAUCUUUUCAAAACUUGAUUAUUAUGAAUUUAUUAAAUCUUUUGAUUAAUUUUCUCCGACUGCUCUGGUAUACAUAAUUAAAUAUCAUAAGAAAGGUGAAAUUUUUCCAAUUGAUUGUUAUUAUAUUUUAAGCUACUGCUUUUCUUUUCAAGUAUCUGAAGUAUGAUUUUUAAACUUAUUAAAUACGAACUUUGAACUGAUUUGGAUAUAGCUAAAUUGAAUUUGAAAUUGGCUAAUCAUCUGAAUGAUGAUCAAUAUUUUAAUUCUAAAUGGCAUACCCUUAUAAACUAUUUCUGUGAUUACUGAACUGAAGUAUUGUAAAUAGAAAUUGCGUGCCAUUUAGCCUCUAUAUUUAAACCAACAACUUUAAAAAAUAUUAUUUUAUACCUUAAUGUACUAAACAAAGAAUAAUAUGUACUUAAUGUACUAAACAAAGAAUAAUAUGUAGUGAAAGGAAGAAAGGGGGGGGGAGUAAAAGAUAUUCAUAAUUUUUUUUUUUUUUUUUUACUUUUUUGUAAAAUAUGUUAUUUUAGAUCAUUUCUAUGUUUUGGCUUAAAUAUGAAUUUCUAGAAUUGCUAUAUGAAAUUUAUAUACACAUUCAUUCUUGUUGUUAUAUAUAUAUAUAUGCACAGUAUAAAUCAUUAAUUCUUUCUAG